AUUUCGCGAUGAGCCCACCUGCAAAUUCUCAGGUUUCUUGCCAUUAUUUUGAACCAUCACUUCCAAGUCCCGUUUGUGCUCCUGGACCUCACUGAGCUUGCUCUGGUUGAGUUUUGGCGGACGUUAGGAGAGAUAAUUGUUCUGACGACGGCCGCUUUGUAUCGCUUGGUGACGUGAGUGACGCAGACGGCUCCACUCGUGAGACAAGCCGUCGUAAUGGUCAAAGCAUGAGUCAAUUCUCCCCUCCACAUGAAUUCGUUGACGCUGCUGACCCCUUACCCCAUAUAUUUCUUCGACCAGCCUGCACCACCGCGAAGUAAGAAGGGCAAAGUUGUGAAUGUGGUUAAACCCAAAGAGGAGAAGAAGGAAAAAAGGUCGGAAAAUGGCAAACUAUUAAAGCUUAUGAAAAAGGCCAAAACUGAAGAUCUUCCAGAAAUAUUGCCAGGCAUAAAGGAAGAAACCUGCGAAUAUGACUCGGCGGAGGAUGAGAACGAGGACCCAUUGGCUAACCACAAGCGGGCAGCUCCUCGCCUGCUGAACGAGUUGGGUCGCCUGUUGUACCGCACCAGGGGCGCCGCCUUGCAGGCGGCUGACAUCUUCAACUACUCGGCGGACGCAGCGCUCAAGCUGUCUGCUAAAGAUGCUGCACGAUUCAAUGCAGCGAGGAGGAGAAAAGCACAGAAGAAAACCACUAAAACUAUUCAAGAAGAUAUAGAUGCUGCAGAUGAUCCUAAUGAAGUGUCUGAUCUCAGCCCCACGGAUGAGAACAUGAUGCCUAGUGCCAGUCAAGAAUCAGAUUGGCUCGCUUUGCCGCGUCAAGCCUUGGAUGAAAACCAGCCUCCUCCUAGGAGUAUGUGCCAAUGGGUGUUGGAGAGACUGAAGGCCAGCAAAACUCCACACUUAAAACCACGAGUGAUGGAUCAAGUGCCAAGCACUCCCAUCCUCCGCCACUACGUUGAUCCAAAGGCGGGAAUGAAGUCCAAGAGUGUGUUAAGUGAACCGGACACCUUCAAUGAUGAAGGGACUCCUCAGCGAAUACCUCCGCUCAAGAAACUACAUUGCAGGGUCAGCAACGGAACCUCCUUUGUAUACUACCCGUCAGGCAACAUGGCCGUAUGUCACAGUCCCUCGGGUCUUCCGUCAGGAGGCUUCUACACUAACGUGUUCACAGACAGCCACACUCCCUCCAUCCUCGCCACCGUCACCAUGUAUGGCCACGGUUCUGCUUCGCACCCUGUCAGCUCUGCGGUGACUGCCUUGUGGGACCAGCAUGGCGGAUUCAUGUGCGACUGGGAAGGCAAGCUCAAAAAGGAUUGGAGCUGGAAGCCUGGCGAAGAGCCGCCGGAAAAGAUUCUCGUCAAGCUGUCAAAGGGCAUCUCAUUGCGGCUUCUCAGUGGUACGUCGGCUCUGCUGUUUUUCAAGUGUGAUGAGAACAAAGUUCAGAUCCCACUCUCAGCCAUCCCUUACUCAGCAAAGGAAGCGGAGCCUGACCAGAUUCUCCCAGUGACAGAGGGAACGGUGAUUGCACGCUGGAGGAGAGGAUGUCAGGUGGUGGGCGAGAUGACCAAUCUUCGGCUGAAAGUGCGAGAUCUCAUGGACGCUUGGCUGAAAUAUUAUCGCACCGCCACCGGUAUCAAGCGCUGUGACAAGAAGAAGUCCAUGGCUAUGAAGGCCAAGCAGAAAAAACGGGCUAAAAAGUCUGAACCUGAGCGAGCUAAUGUAAAGCUGGCUAAGACCAAAGACAAAGCGCAGGAGAAACAGGAGCCGCCCGCAAAGAAAACACCUCGGGAAGCUCAAACUAAGCCGAGGGGACCUGCAAAGAACAACAAGGAGCACAGUAUGAUACAAAUCGGACCGCUUCGCAUCCAUGGGAACAUCAAACAGGAGUUAGUGAUCCUUCCAGACCAUCCCGACUCACGUCUGAUCAAUCUUCCUCGCUUCCCUGUGCACUCGCGAUUGGUCCCCUCGGUGCCUCUUACUGUGUGCCCCCUGCUCCUCCGGGCAGCCAUGCUCAAGCAGCUCAGAGAGAAUGCACCCAAGAGGUGUUGCUGCAGCACGGCGCUGAUGCCUGUGCUGCUAGACAUAGAGUACGACGCAUUCAUCACAGGUCAGCCGCAGUACAGCCAACAGAUUCUCGUAGUGGUCGUCACCCUGCCCGUUAAACCGGGUGUCACGCUGGAGCAGGAUGCCAUCCAGCAACUCUACCGCAGGAGCAACAGGAAGAGAACCAUGCCUUGUACUCAGUGUCAGAUGGAUUCUUUCCGUCUAGUGAGGUAUGAAGUGUCCACGGGAGCAUUGGGCUGCCCAGUUAACAACAUCCUGUUGCAGCAUCGGCACAAUGUCGCCGCCGGCAUGAUCCUGAUGUACAUCCGGGGGCGGCUGAUGUUUUUGGGCUACGUGUCCAAUGGUCGCACCUUCUCCGUGUUGGACCUUCAAAAGCAAAUCGUGAGAACCAGGGAGGACUACAGGUUGGGUGUGAGUCUCCCUCCAGAUUAUAAAUUCAGCGAGAGUGCAAAGGUCAGCGUGAGUUCCUCUGACGUCUCAGACGCAAAUAACGUGGAAGGAUCAGCACAUAGGCUAAAUAAUGACAUCACAAUGACUCACUCACCAGAAAAAGACUAUGCCACCGAAACUUGUGACUGAAUCAGAGGUGUAAAUAUACUGGCAAAUAUUUUUAAGAUGCUUUGGUGUGAAUUAUAUUUCCCACAAUACAAUUACAUUUAUUGAAAAAUAAAUGAAUAAAAAAUAAAUUAGGAAGUGAGCAAAAUGGGAACGGAAACGUAGUGUGGGAAAUAUUUUUGGAACUUCUCAUGAAGAACACCGAGGCAAUAAAUUUAAUGACUUUUAAAUAUUGUUGUUGACUGUUUUAUGGGCUGUGUAGAAUAUUCACCAUACAAUGUACAGUUUAAAUACUCUUAUGUAAUCCAAUCCAAGAGUUUUGUUAUCCAAUCCAAGAGAUUUGUUCUGUACUGGAUAGUGGUACAGUCACGUUUUUUUUUUGUUUUAUAUUUUUCCCACAGGCAAUUAGGCUCCACAAUAAAUCAGACAAGCUGCACACAACACAAGGACAUACUCAUAACACAGAACACCUAUUUGCAGCAUUUUUAAUUGUUUAAUAUUGUUUUUAUUGUUGUAUUGUUCUUUUGUGUUUUAUUUUUUAAUGUGUCGUUUUUCAUUGGGAAUGAACAGAAUAAAAAUUUCAAUGCAUACUAGUAUAACUAUUUUGUUUUUGCUGUGCAUAUAAUACCUAAACUCUUGAGCUUUUAAUGCCGUUACAUGACGGCAAGGAAAGCUACUUUAUAUUAUUAUUAUUAUGCACCUUUAGGAGUUUAUUGAACAGACCAAACGCACAAAUACAAAAUAGCAAGACUCAACGAACUGCAAUAGGCCUCAACUCAUGCCCAGAAAUCAUGGUGUCAGCUAUUUUACUCGAUGACUUAUUUGACUACGACUUUGCUAUUGUCAGUUGAAUUAUUGACUUUCAACAGGUCUUGUUACAGAUCUCAUUAGAUUGUGUUUUCAGGUUUUUUAAAGUUUGGCAUUACUCUCCUUUAGAAUUUAGAAAUGCAUCACACAGUCUGUUUACUCUCUGUUCUUUAUCAAAUUGCCUGAUGUUUAAAAAUUACAUCGUGAAAGUGUCAUGCGUUUUUGUUGCGGUCUUUGAGUUGCACUUCCUCACCCAUAUAACAAAUAUAGACAUGGAAGCUUUAUUUGACGUGGCAACUCAUCAAGCCCUUGUAAAAAUGUUUAAAAUAGCAAUGAGAAAAAUAUGUGAAAUCUUGUGUGACAAAAAUGUUCACAGUACACAUGACUAGAUGGUUGGACAUGAUUG